AUCCUAAUUCCAUUUCCGAAGCUAUAGAAGCAACUCUCUUAUUACUAUGUCGUAUCCCCAAAAGUCACGAACAAACAUAGCUCCCAAGAAGUACAACAACAUACCAAAGGGGGGAGAACCGAGAUUUGCAUUUUCAGUAUUUUGGUCUCCAAUAUUGGAUGCUAUUCCAUUUUGUUUAGGCUACGCGGGGUGUGUGAAAAUUGAAAAAAGAAAACAUUUGUAUUCCUACCCAAUAGAGCACGGAACACGCUGCCAAAUAUAGAAAAUCAGGAUUUGGCCCCGUUCUUUGUUCCUCUUCUCUCUCCAAUUCUUUCUCAAACGUAAAUCUCCACUCCAUGCAUUUUACAUCUGCUGCUAUUCCCUACACCCACCCGCACAGAUAGCAGCAAGGGUUCAGGGAAUAAUGGAAAUAUGUUACCAUGCCCACAUCGAUCGCGAGAUUGAAUCGCUCAUAGAAAGAAUACAUCCUCCCAGGGUCUGUAUCGAAAAUGAUUCUUGCCCAGACUGCACUGUGGUGAAGCAGGUUGAUAGUGCAAACAGGAAGGGCAUAUUAUUGGAGAUGGUCCAAGUGUUGACAGAUCUUGACCUCAUCAUUUCCAAAUCAUACAUUUCCUCUGAUGGUGGAUGGUGUAUGGACGUGUUCCACGUGACUGAUGAAGCUGGCAAGAAGCUCACAGACGAAACCCUCAUGCUCCACAUCCAGCAGGAACUGUGCGCCACUAGAAGUAAAAGGGAGAUUUCAAGGGAUACAGAAAUGGUUAGUCAGAAAGCACCACAGGCACAGCAACAAAACGUGCCAAAGGAGAACACAGCGUUGGAGAUGAGUGUGACAGACCGACCGGGCCUACUAUCAGAGCUAUCAGCAGUGCUUGUUGAGUUGGGCUGCAGCGUUACCUCUGCUAUGGCUUGGACCCACAAUGACAGGGUGGCCUGCAUUAUAUUCCUGGAAGACGCAUCCUCACCUGGGCCCAUAAGCGACCCAGAACGGUUGGGCCUAGUGGAGGAGCAGCUGGAGAAUGUGGUUGCGGCUCACGGCGAAACCGGCCAGAAGAAGAGCGUGAGGGUGACGACGCUGGGCACCGGGCGCACCCACACGGAACGGCGGCUCCACCAGCUAAUGUACGCCGACAGGGAUUACGAGAGUUGCCGCGCUUGUGACGGGGACAGUAGCGGGGAGCACAAGAAGGGCUGUGAUGGGACCCACGUCUCUGUUGGUCGAUGCGAGGACAAAGGCUACUUGGUCGUCAACGUUAGGAGCAGAGACCGUCCUAAGCUCUUGUUCGACACCGUUUGCGUUCUAACGGACAUGCAGUAUGUGGUUUUUCAUGCUGCCAUUAGUUCCAAGAGAUCCAUGGCUCAUCAGGAGUACUUCAUAAGGAACUGCAAGGGUAGUUUAGCUCUUCCCAGUGAAAGGGAGAAGGAAGAACUCACCUUAUGCUUAAUCGCUGCAAUUGAACGCAGAGUCUCGCAUGGAUUAAUGGUAGAUAUUCGAACUGAUAAUAGAAUGGGGCUUCUAUCGAAUGUGACCCGGGUGUUUCGUGAAAAUGGACUAUCCAUAUCAAGAUUUGAGAUUGGAACAGAGGGAGAAAAAGCGGUAGGAUCAUUCUUUGUCACGGAUUCUUCAGGUGAAGAAGUGAACCCAGACAUCGUGGAAUUGGUAAGGCAAGCUUCCGGUGGAUCUGUUGUUACUGAUCACAAGUCGCCACAUAGGGUGCAUCAAUCAUCCUCCUCCUCGGAUAUAAAUGAAACCAUGGGCAGUAUGGAACCUAAACCAAAAUUCUCUCUAGGAAGCUUGCUAUGGUCUCGAUUAGAACGCCUUUCCGGUGGUUUUGGGCCCAUUAGAUCCUGACAAGUUUAUACCUCCGGAACUAUUGUUCUACUUCAGUGAAUGUCACUACCAAAUAUCUGUGUACAUAAGACUUUUUUAGUUAAUUAGCUUUUUUUUCCUUUCCCUCGUUUGAUUUCCUUGUAGCUGAUGUAGAAAGGUAACUGGGUAAGAGUGUUCUAGCUUGCAUUUUUUAUGGGCAUUGUACAUAUUUUUUUUUUCUUCAAUAGUUCGAUAAAACUUACUGGCUCCA